AUGAAAUCGCUGUCUGUUGGCCGGCGCCUGCUGGCCCGCGUUGCUGCUGCUGCAGUGGCCGCAGCAGCAGAGGAAGCAGCACGAGCAGCUGGUGGUGGUGCAGGUGCUGCUGCUGCUGCUGCUGCUGCUGUCACACAGCCAUUCCAAAAUUCAUCCUUUUACGCUUCCACUGUUUCUGCUACUGUCAGCAGCGUUCCUAUCACGCCGUCAUCUGCAUCAUCAUCAGCAGCACCCGGAAACGGAGGUGCCACCUCAGCAUCAGCGUCAGAAGCAGCACCAGCCGGAGAGAAGGCACCGAUGGCAAGUGGAGCCACGUCAGCAGUGCUGACGGUGCAGCAGCUGAGUGCACGUGCUGCUCGCAUCAUGCGCUCAACGCCGUGGGGCCGACUCACGCGACCCGAUGUGCGGUUACCACACGUCCAGGAUUUCACCCGCUUCCUAAAAGCUUCUCACCGCAGCCUGCUGCAGUCGCUUAAGAUCCCAUCCUCAGCCAUUUUCCACAGGUGGGGAGGGGGGAUAGGGGGGAAGAGGGGUGGUGUGGGUGGGUUGGAGAGGCGGGUGGGGCUAUUCGGGCUUUCGAGCUACACCUAUCUGAUGAACAGCUUCGCAGCGCAGCUCACCGCUGCAGAGGUGAGGCGACUCAAAUUGCACCCAGCAGUGGCAGACGUGGAGAGAGACCGCACAGUGCGAGUGACCUCGGUGCACUCCCCCCAGUUCCUCAAGCUCGACUCGAGCCUGUGGCCAGCGAAUGGCGGGCAGAGCAACGCAGGAGAGGGAGUGAUCAUCGGAGUGAUCGACACAGGGAUCUGGCCCGAACACCCCUCCUUCUCCAACCCUGACCCAAGUGCAGCUCAUUACUCUGCUGCCCUUGUGCGCUGGAGAGCCGACCAAAACGGAGUGCCUUACUCUGCUGCCCCUGUGCGCUGGAGAGGCGUGUGUAGCAAAACUGACGACUUCACAGCGUGCAACGGCAAGGUGGUUGGGGCGAGGUUUUUCCUGAAGGGUCUAGAGCAGGUGGAUGGCAAGUUGGAUACCGAAUAUGAUUACCGGUCACCACGGGACAUCACGCAGCACGGCACGUGGUGUGCGGGAACAUGUAUGCUGGACAUGCUGGUUGGACAUGCUCAAACAUGGUACGAGGUGUCCGAGGCGAGUGGAUCAGCUGCGUGCAGCAGCCACGUGCAGCAGCCACGUGCAGCAGCCACGUGCAGCAGCCACACGUGUCAUACAAAUCUCACACCUACUCCUUUCCCCUCCCCCUUCUCCAUUAGAGCGGCUGCUGGGAAUGCAGGGGUGGAGGUGACAGUACGCGGCCGAACCUACGGCACAGCUUCGGGCAUGGCUCCGCGAGCCAGGCUGGCAGUAUACAAGGCACUGUGGACCACUGUGAUGGACGGAGGGAUAGGGGCGUUUUCUGACCUUGUUGCUGCUGCGGAGACUGCAGCCGGGGUGGUCACAGCCUUUGCCGCCGGCAACGACGGUCGGCCCAGCAGCAUGAGCUUGUUUGGCACUAUUUCUAGUGCCGCUCCCUUCUACCUCACAGUGGGAGCAAGCACCAUGGGGCAGGAUUACAAGGCCGUGCUCACCCUGGGUGAUGCCACGGCAGACCCACAGCAACGCUUUCCGCAUUCACCGCCUCCUAUUCCUCCAACGUCCCUCAGCUCGCUUUCUUCUCCUCCACCGGGCCCCCCCGAAGCCCACUCCUCCCUCCGGCGCUUCUGA